UCCCAGCGUCCCCAGCUUUCCAGGUAGGGACGACCCCUCCCACGCAGCGCAGUUCGGGCGGGUGGGAAGGAGGGGCUGGGCUCCGAGCGCCCGCCCCUCCAUCUAUCACAUGGCCGGAGAGCCACAAAAACAACAGCUUUGGCCAAGACCGUGACUUCAGGAAGGGGAAAGCAGUGUUCUCGCAGCCAGCCCCCACCCCAUGGAGGAGAGUUUUCUUGAAUCCUUUGGGAGGCUGAGCCUCCGGCAGCAGCAGCAGCCGCCUCGGCCGCCCGCCCCGCCGCCCCCGCGUGGGACACCUCCGCGCCGCCACAGCUUUCGGAAACACCUCUACCUCCUGCGAGGCCUCCCGGGCUCCGGGAAAACUACGCUGGCCAGACAAUUGCAACACGACUUUCCCAGGGCCCUGAUUUUCAGCACGGAUGAUUUUUUCUUCAGGGAAGAUGGUGCCUAUGAAUUCAAUCCUGACUUCCUGGAGGAAGCUCAUGAAUGGAACCAGAAAAGAGCAAGAAAAGCAAUGAGGAAUGGCAUAUCCCCCAUUAUUAUUGAUAAUACCAACCUCCACGCCUGGGAAAUGAAGCCCUAUGCAGUCAUGGCACUUGAAAAUAACUAUGAAGUUAUAUUCCGAGAACCUGACACUCGCUGGAAAUUCAACGUUCAAGAGUUAGCAAGAAGAAACAUUCAUGGAGUCCCAAGAGAGAAAAUACACCGAAUGAAAGAACGGUAUGAACAUGAUGUUACCUUUUACAGUGUGCUGCAUGCCGAAAAACCAAGCAGAGCGAACAGAAACCAGGACAGGAACAAUGCAUCUCCUUCCGACGGUGCAGGGUACUGGAACACCUGCGCAGAGUUCCCAAACCGGAGGGCUCAUGGCGGCUUCACUAAUGAGAGCUCCUUUAACAGAAGGGGUGGUUGUCACCAUGGGUAUUAGAGAUCUCUCUUACAGGCAUUCAAAAUUUUCCUAAAUCAGUUUUUACUUCAAUUUUUGGUAUUUAUUCUUCGUUCAGUUGUAGUCAGAGCUCUAAUUCCACUGUAAAUAGUCAAACCUGAAAGUUUUUUAGCAGAAGUCAUUACAUUCCUCUUCAACAGGCAUUUGUUAAAGUGAUCCUAUAUGCAUGGUCUGAUGCUGAGAAUUCUGCCGAUUUGAUUAAACAAAGUCCCUUUCUCUAGAGAAAGAAUUACUUUAAAACUGAAACCUGAGAACAUACUCAAGAACAUAAUCAGCCACAUAGGCUCAUUAAUGAACUAAAGUGUUUAUAAUAUAAAGCUUCAGAACCACCUUCUCUGAAGUAAUCUAUUUUUUCAGGAAAUUCAUCUCCAUCAGGAAAGUUGGAAAGGUGAGGGAGAAGUAGGAGGCAGGAAAAAUUUUAGUGCCAUUGCUACUUUGAUCAUCCAUGUAUCCAAAAAUGUGAGAUGUGUGGCUAUAAUGAUGAUAUUGAUUUUCCUUUAAAAUGAAUAUGCCAGAAAGUACACACUUAAGGGAAUAUUGUCCUUCAAAGCAGACACCUUGGGAAAGUAUUCCUUUAUUUUAGCAAUGUAUCAUUGUUAGAAGUGUCUGUUAAAAUCUUUCUUAAUAGCUAUACAAGCCAAUUAGGAAAAUCAGUAUCAUUAUUUAAAGUCAUAUCUUGUGUUUUAACUACCACUUUAUUGAACAGGGUUAAACCUGAAUAACUUUUGGCUGUUGAGCUAAUAGUGUAAAUAAAACAAGCCUGCCUUUAUAAAACAAUAAUUUUUAAGAGGAAUAAUUAAGCAGUUUUUAAAAUUAUGCCUAUAAACAUGUCUAAUCGGUUGGCAGCUCCAAAGUUUUGGGAGUACAAGGAAUGAAGCAUCCCAGGCUGUAGAUUAUAUGGAGUUAUGGAAAAGUCAUGCUCGCCUUAAGAGGAGCAAUCUCAGUGUUUUAUGUGGUAUUAAGACGAAGUUCUACCACAACUCUUAUACUAAUAGUGAAUUUAUGAAUCCAAAUUAAAUCUUAAAAGGUUGGAAUCAGAUUAAUUUGGUGUGAGACCACAGAUAAGACCAUGUAGGAUGUAUGCUUUAUUUCUUGUUGGCCAACAGCUUCUUUCUAAUGUUUUGUGAAGUAUUAAGUGUUCUAUAUAAUGGUGCUUUUACGGUUAUUAAAAAUUAUAUAUGGUAUUGCUUUA